AUGCAUGAUGUCGACAUGGAUGCUGUGGAUUUCUCAGAUGCUUCGAACAAUGACGAAGCAAACUCAACUGACGAGGAGGCGUUCAGUGCCAUGGACGGAUUCCAAUCUGGCAAGUCAUCCAAACGAAGGGUACGACGUGUCAAACACAGCUCGGCGACGGAUUUGCAUGACUCUUUGGAUGAAGAGUUAGAUUCUGAUGAUGAUGUGUCUCCGAGGAGGAAAAGUUCCAGACCUUCAACUUCAAAUUUGUUUGCAAGCGCUGAGGAGUUGGGCCGGAUGUACUACGCUUCACAAGAUGUGCCGAAGCGACCAUUCCAUCCUCGGACGGGGGGUAAGCAUACCCGUGCCAACAAAGGGCCAAAACACCGCAGGCCUCCAUCAUCAAAGCGCCAACGGUGGAAUGCAGGACAGAACACCUCGCAAAUGACCAAGAAACCUCGUGCAGAUCGUUGUGAGAAGAAGAAGAAUAGGGCCGGUUGUAAAUAAUCCACUUUACUGGUUAUAUCUACACUUUGUACAUAAAGAUCAUUCGUCUAUAAUCA